AGGAAGUUGACAGCAGGUAAGCAACUUGCAGCAGCUCAGCUGUGGUGUCCCGGCUUUCCUUUCCACGUUCUUUGGUGUGGAGCUGAGAAACAUCACCCUCUCCACACUUUGUUCCUGGAGCCAGGUACAUUAGUCAAGACACAUAGAGCCCACACACCUGCAAUGACCAAGGAACCUCUGAAUCCUGGGGCUGAUGCUUGCCCGUUCUACUGAGGAUGGCACCACACCCCAGUUUCCCACUAGGAAGAAGACUGACCCGAGACAUUCCUGGACAGUGAUCCUGAUGUCUCUUCUAUGCAGACCAUUCAAGUGUGAGAUAAGAACUUAACCCAUCUAUGAAAGCUCAGUAGUCCUGAUUCACUGAUUUGGAGAAAGGAACGUAGCAGUAAAACAGGGAGUGCUGCCUGGAGAAUGGCAGCCACAUUGGACAGCUGUUCGACUCUUCAUGAUAUCGGUACCAGCCAUCCCAAAGCCACAGCACCAGACAACUCCUGAGACGAGCAUCAUAGCUCAGUGGAAAAAGCUCUGGAUUAGGAGUCAAAAGACCUGGGGACCUGGGUUCUACUGGCUCUGCCAUUAAUCAGCUGUGUGAUUUUGACAUUUGGGCUGGGGACUGUGAGGAGGCAACAUGGCCUCUGCGGAGCCCCUGACGGCGCUGUCUCGCUGGUACCUCUAUGCCAUUCACGGCUACUUCUGUGAGGUGAUGUUCACGGCUGCCUGGGAGUUUGUGGUGAACUUUAAUUGGAAAUUUCCGGGUGUCACCAGCGUCUGGGCCCUCUUCAUCUACGGCACCUCAAUACUUAUCGUGGAGAAGAUGUACCUACGCCUCCGGGGCCGUUGCCACAUCCUGGUCCGAUGCCUCAUUUACACCCUCUGGACAUACCUGUGGGAGUUCACCACGGGCUAUAUCCUUCGCCAGUUUAAUGCCUGCCCUUGGGACUACUCCCAGUUUGACUUUGACUUCAUGGGUCUCAUCACCCUGGAGUAUGCUGUGCCCUGGUUCUGUGGCUCCCUCAUCAUGGAGCAGUUUAUCAUCCGCAACACCCUUCGUCUUCGCUUUGAACAGCAUGCUGAGCCUAGCGGACCUACUGCCUCACUGGCUCUGGCUAACGGCCAUGUCAAAACAGACUGAGGAGUGGACCCGUGCAUGGACAGUGGCCCUGGGGCUUUCUUGAUCAACCCAUGAACAAAAACCAGAUGGGAGGAGCUGCUCUUCCUUAUCACA